AUGCUACAGUUGUUUUAUUUUUUACAAUUCAGUACUUUCCUCACAAUAUCCAUCGCAGUCGAGAGAUAUCUAGCUGUCUGUAAACCCCACUUCCACAGAGACAUCAAGGGAACAUUCCUUGGCAGUGCAUGGAUUCAUUUCACUAUAUCUGCUGGGGUUGCUGGACUUAUAAAUUUACCUAAAUGGUUCGAAACCACAUCGGUUGAGGUAAAGAUCAUUGACAGCACUAAGAAUGCAAGUGCGAACAACACCCUACGCUGGAUUACAAAACAAGUUUUCAAAAUGACGGAACUGAGAGGGAACCCUGACUAUAUCAGAUACGGAAUGAAUUUUCCCCGUUGGAUCUUCAACAUGAUCGGACCCCUCAUCCUUCUUAGUGUCUUCUCAGUACUUACAGGAGUCAAGCUUAGGAACAUCCUCAUCAUCGCUGAAUGCUUUGUGAACAUCGAGUAA